GUUGACGCGAUCACGUGAGGCCCACUGCGAGACGAGCACAACCACGGAAAAGGGAGGAAGAGAAGAAGCGGGACGAAAGAAAACAUGGCGAUUAAACUGUACUACACCACUGUAACUGCCUCGCGGACGAUCAAGUCCCAGCAGGCGGACGUGAUGCGCAUCUUGGACAGCAAAAGCAUCCAGUACGAGCUGGUCGACAUCUCUGUCGGCGGCGAGCUGCGCGACGAGAUGCGCAGCAAAGUGGGGAACCCGGCGGCCGUCCCGCCGCAACUCUUCAACGAGGACCAGUACUGCGGGGAUUACGAAAUGUUCUCCGAGGCGGUGGAGGCGGACACGGUGGACCAGUUCCUGAAACUAGCGUGAAUCAUACCCCUCCAGCUCCCAUCACCCGUCAACCACACUGAAGCCCCCUUUGACUUUCAUCAAAUGCCAUAAUGAAGAAUGCCAAAUAUCCUCAACAUGCGUCUUGGUUUAAGCAUAGGCGUCAACCAAGCUUGUCUUGAAAUUAAUCCACAAACCACCAUCAUCACUCAGUCUUAAUGAUGUGGUCUUGGUCCUCGAGCCUUUAACUUACCACAUUCCCAUGUUGCGCAUGCAAGGUUAAAUGAUUUAAAAACAAAACUUUCUGGGACAAUUGGCAGCCAUUUUAUGUCCUAGAGUGCCCAUUUUGGGGAAACCCUGAUCUCAAUAUUGGAAGUCUUAAUAAUAUUACAUUAUUACAGAAGCUGUUAGUUCAGGAGGUUUUGUUGGUUUACACAGUUAUUUUAUUUUUAUUUAAAAAAAAAAAAACAGAUUUUGGCCAUGUAAAAAAAAUUCUACCAUACACAGUGGAAGAUCUUAAGUCCAAACAAAAUGGCUUCCAAAAUUACAGUAGAAUGUAGACUGUCUGUCUGAUGUUUGUUUCAGUAACUACUAUUUCCUGUUCUAUGGUCAUCGUUACGCUUACUCCAAAUUGUAGCACUUUUUUGGCGCGUACCACUUUGGAGUUUGCACUGACGUAGAAGUGAAGGCUGAAUUUGAAGAUGCACCCACCAAGUAUUUGACGCAUCUUCACUUGGUUUGUCCGUCAAGACGAGCCACAAAUGUGAAAAACAAAAUGCAUUACUUUUGUCAGAACAUUUCAGAAUGUCACGAGCUCUUUGUAAUUCCCUUCUUAUUUCCACUUUAAAUGUUGUACUGUUGACUGAAAAUGACCAAAAAUACACCACGUCUUGUGUUCAACCAUGUAGCUGGUCCAGGGCUAUGACCAUUCUAAGACCUUAUGCACUGAAACAGUAACACAGUGUGUUUCAAUGGACCUCUCACCAUAUGGGGAAAUAUGAAGGCUUGUUUUGUAUGUCCGUAUGCUUGUGUUAUGUUCCGAUCACGUUCCAUGUCUGAGCUCUUUGCUUUGUGUUUGGACCAAUUCCCCUUGGCCAAAAUGACAACAAGUAGAAGAAAAUAGGGAAUAAAAUGCUGUUAUCUUCCAAGAAGAUUGUGAUAUGUGAUGAAUGGGUUGCAAAAAUAAAAAAUGGAG